AUGGUAACGCAAGAGAAAUCUGUGGUAGGGAUUGGUGCGGAGCCCAAACUGCUGGGCAGUUUCGACGUCGUGUGGAAAUAUCUGGGGCAGCUGGAUGAAAGUGCACCAGCUCCUUCACCAUCGACUGUCGACGACAAUCAUGGCACGGAAUCAGAUGGUUCCAUCCUUCUCUACAGCACCUCGGACCGAAGUGUCACCCUCUUCCCAGACAAAACCAUUGUCAAGUCGGGCAAAACCAUUUCCCUCGAAGAAGCCGAAGCUAUCCAAGUUGCCGCUCUUGCAGGGCUGCCCGUGCCCGAAAUCUUCACCACGGACAGCCAGCCCGGCGGCAUCAAUGUUCUUCAGAUGAGCCAAGUCGAGGGCCGGCCCUUGUCAGAAGUAUGGCGGACCAUGACGCUUCGUCAGAAGCGUAGCAUUGCCCUCCAACUCCGCAGUAUGCUCACCACCAUGCGUGCAUUACAGGCUCCCCCUAGAUUGGUGGGUGCCUGUAGUGGUGGCCAAUUCCGCGACUCGAGACUCUGCCACUCGCAUUACUUUCCGUCGCUGGUCAACGAGGACGAGUUCAACAAGUACCUGAUAUCGAACUUGUCGCAUGUCACGCCGAGACCGGUUAGGGAUGCCUUCACCAGACAGCAGAGGAAUGGCCAUCGAAUUGUCUUUACACACGGGGACUUGAGCCCCAGAAACAUCAUUGUGUCCAACGAUAGGAUUGUGGGGUUGGUUGAUUGGGAAGAAGCAGGUUGGUUCCCAGAAUACUGGGAGUACGUAAAAUUCUUCUUGAGGACGGGUGCAGAAGAUGGAGACUGGCCAUCGUAUGCGUACGAGAUUUUCCCCGAGGUUUAUCAUGACGAAUUGGUUUUGUACUUUUCCAUUCUGCAAUGGCAGUCGCCCUAG